AAAAUUGUAUCCACAAUCCAGAUCCACCCUGAGCAGGUGCUGGAGGACAAGUCCAAAGGCAAAUACCUGUCUUCUAAAUCCUCACCUGCGACAGCAAUCCCCCUGCACCCAUCCAGUGAGGAAGUGGUGAGAGAAGAAUGGGGAAACCCCGGAUGAGGGUAAAUGCACGAACAGGCAUCCGUCUACACACCUUUUUACAGCAUAUAUUUCUACCCCACUACAAAGCUCCGCUUCAAAGGUGGGAGCUGUUUUUUCCUUGAAAGCAUUUCUCUAUUGAACCAUAUUUUAACUAUCCCCUGCAAAGCCUGUUCAGGACAGGCACUGUUCAAGAGUCUGCUGCCUAGCAAUGGCAACCCUAAAUUUUUCAUUCUCUCACCCAUGCUAAUAAAUGUAUUUAGUUAGAAAUAUUGUUGAGUACCCUACCUAAAUCAAGGUAAUAAGGCACAAGCUAGGGAAGGAAACCUUUCAAAGUACCUUAGUAAGGAUUUGAGUAAUUAAUGAAAAAUAAAUGACCUUUUUAUUAGCCCUGUUAAUUUUUUGUGAGCAAACAACUUGCCCCUUUACCCCACUUCUUGCCCACCCCAAGAAGAAUCUAUUCUAGGGGAAUUGGUGGGGGUCAAAUAGCAAUUCCCCAUGGUUCACGGGUGAGUCUAGGCUUGAUUUCAAAUUUAACUUAAAAAAUAAAGCUAGCAAUACACAGCUUAAUAAUUUAUAAAGUAGCUUUGACUUUUGGUCAAAUGUUUUAUUGCUACUUAAGCAGCUUUGCUGCCAACAAAGUACAUAGCAGUGUUGGGAAGAGAAACCAGGUUAGUUACUAUAAGUGAAUUGCAAUACGCAAAAAUGCCAACCUUGGAUGACAUUCUAGAGCAUAUUGGGGAAUUUGACUUGUUCCAGAAACAAGUCUUUUUUGUCUUAUGCUUCGUGUCUGCUGCCUUCACCCCUAUUUACGUGGGUGUCAUCUUCCUGGGGUUCACUCCUGAACACCACUGUCUCAGUCCUGGAGUUGCUGAGUUGAGCAGCCGAUGUGGCUGGAGUCUAGAAGAGGAGCUGAAUUACACCGUUCCAGAGCAGGGGAGACACGGGGAGUCUUUCUCUAGUCAAUGCAGGAGAUACGACGUGGACUGGAACACAACUGGCCUCAGCUGCAUAAAUCCCUUAGAAAACUUCACCGGUUAUGGCAACAGGAGCAGUAUCCCUCUUACCCCCUGUCAAGAUGGCUGGGUUUACGAUUCUUCAGGAUCAUCCAUCGUGACUGAGUUUAACCUGGUGUGUGAGGACUCCUGGAAGGUGGAUCUCUUUCAGUCCUGUGUGAAUGCUGGCUUUUUUGGAUCGGUAUACAUCGGCUACAUAGCAGACAGAUUUGGCCGUAAACUUUGCCUUAUAGUGACAAUCCUUGUAAGUUCCGCCUCUGGAGUUCUUGUGGCCUUUGCACCAAGCUACCUUUGGAUGAUGAUCUUUCGCUUCCUACAAGGACUGGUCAGCAAGGGCAGCUGGGCAGCAGGCUACAUCCUGAUCACAGAAAUUGUUGGCCCAAGUCAUAGGAAGACCGUGGGAAUUCUCUAUCAAGUGGCCUUUACAGUUGGACUUCUGCUGCUCGAUGGUGUUGCUUAUGCUAUUCCUCACUGGAGAUGGUUGCAGCUUACUGUUACUCUACCAUGCUUCCUCCUCUUGCUCUAUUACUGGUGUGUGCCCGAGUCUCCAAGGUGGCUGAUAUCUCAGAAGCAAAAUGACAAGGCCAUGAAGAUUUUGGACUAUAUUGCCAAAAAGAAUGGGAAAAAGCUGCCUGCCCAUUUUCAGAAUAUUAAUGUUGAAGAGGAAGGUGGGGAAAAUCUGAGAGCUUCAUUUAUGGACCUUGUCAGAACACCUCAGAUGCGGAAACACACAUUCAUUUUGAUGUAUAACUGGUUGGCCAGCUCUCUUCUGUACCAGGGGCUCAUCAUGCACAUGGCAAUGGCUGGUGGGAACAUGUAUCUGGAUUUCUUCUAUUCUGCCCUUGUUGAAUUUCCAGCUGCCUUCAUUAUCAUUCUCACAAUCAAUCGCAUCGGCCGUCGCUAUCCCUGGGCUGUGGCAACUCUGGUGGCAGGGGCUGCCUGUCUCAUUAUGGCUUUAAUCCCUGAGGAUAUUCACUGGCUAAAAGUGACUGUAGGUUGCAUUGGGAGAAUGGGAAUUACAAUGUCUAUCGAAAUGGUUUGCUUUGUAAACACUGAACUGUACCCAACAUUUUUGAGGAACCUUGGUGUAAUGGUCUGCUCUUCCUUGUGUGACGUUGGUGGGAUACUAGCCCCAUUCAUUGUCUACAGGCUGGCAGAGAUCUGGCAUGAGCUGCCACUUAUAGUUUUUGCUGUGGUUGGUUUAAUUGCUGGUGGAUUGGUGUUGUUGCUGCCUGAAACCAAAGGGAAAACGUUGCCUGAGACUAUUGACGAUGUAGAAAACUUGCAUAGGCAAGAAAACCCUAGGGAGAAAAUUAUCUACCUCCACGUGCAAACACAGGAAGUUGCACACUCCAAAUGUGAUCGGUCUUUGACACAAUAAUACAAAAAGAGUUUUUAAAUAACACA